UCGCUCGCUGGCUCCCUCCCCCCGGGCCGGCUCGGCGUUGACUCCGCCGCACGCUGCAGCCGCGGCUGGAAGAUGGCGGGGAACGACUGCGGCGCGCUGCUGGAUGAAGAGCUCUCCUCCUUCUUCCUCAACUAUCUCGCUGACACGCAGGGUGGAGGGUCCGGGGAGGAGCAACUCUAUGCUGACUUUCCAGAACUCGACCUCUCCCAGCUGGAUGCCAGCGACUUUGACUCGGCCACCUGCUUUGGGGAGCUGCAGUGGUGCCCAGAGAACUCAGAGACUGAACCCAACCAGUACAGCCCCGAUGACUCCGAGCUCUUCCAGAUUGACAGUGAGAAUGAGGCCCUCCUGGCAGAGCUCACCAAGACCCUGGAUGACAUCCCUGAAGAUGACGUGGGUCUGGCUGCCUUCCCAGCCCUGGAUGGUGGAGAUGCUCUAUCAUGCACCUCAGCUUCGCCUGCCCCCUCAUCUGCGCCCCCCAGCCCUGCCCCGGAGAAGCCCUCAGCCUCAGCCCCUGAGGUGGACGAGCUCUCACUGCUGCAGAAGCUCCUCCUGGCCACAUCCUACUCAACAUCAAGCUCUGACACCCAGAAGGAAGGGACCGCCUGGCGCCAGGCAGGCCUCAGAUCUAAAAGUCAACGGCCUUGUGUUAAGGCCGACAGCACCCAAGACAAGAAGGCUCCCAUGACGCAGUCUCAGAGCCGAAGUUGUACAGAACUACAUAAGCACCUCACCUCAGCACAGUGCUGCCUGCAGGAUCGGGGUCUGCAGCCACCAUGCCUCCAGAGUCCCCGGCUCCCUGCCAAGGAGGACAAGGAGCCGGGUGAGGACUGCCCGAGCCCCCAGCCAGCUCCAGCCUCUCCCCGGGACUCCCUAGCUCUGGGCAGGGCAGACCCCGGUACCCCGGUUUCCCAGGAAGACAUGCAGGCGAUGGUGCAACUCAUACGCUACAUGCACACCUACUGCCUCCCCCAGAGGAAGCUGCCCCCACAGGCCCCUGAGCCACUCCCCAAGGCCUGCAGCAACCCCUCCCAGCAGGUCAGAUCCCGGCCCUGGUCCCGGCACCACUCCAAAGCCUCCUGGGCUGAGUUCUCCAUUCUGAGGGAACUUCUGGCUCAAGACGUACUCUGUGAUGUCAGCAAACCCUACCGUCUGGCCACGCCUGUCUAUGCCUCCCUCACACCUCGGUCAAGGCCCAGGCCCCCCAAAGACAGUCAGGCCUCCCCUGGUCGCCCAUCCUCGGUGGAGGAGGUGAGGAUCGCAGCUUCACCCAAGAGCACUGGGCCCAGACCAAGCCUGCGCCCACUGCGGCUGGAGGUGAAAGGGGAGGUCCGCCGGCCUGCCAGACUGCAGCAGCAGGAGGAGGAAGACGAGGAAGAAGAGGAGGAGGAAGAGGAAGAAGAAAAAGAGGAGGAGGAGGAGUGGGGCAGGAAAAGGCCAGGCCGAGGCCUGCCAUGGACGAAGCUGGGGAGGAAGCUGGAGAGCUCUGUGUGCCCUGUGCGGCGUUCUCGGAGACUGAACCCUGAGCUGGGCCCCUGGCUGACAUUUGCAGAUGAGCCGCUGGUCCCCUCGGAGCCCCAAGGUGCUCUGCCCUCACUGUGCCUCGCUCCCAAGGCCUACGACGUAGAGCGGGAGCUGGGCAGCCCCACGGACGAGGACAGUGGCCAAGACCAGCAGCUCCUACGGGGACCCCAGAUCCCUGCCCUGGAGAGCCCCUGUGAGAGUGGGUGUGGGGACAUGGAUGAGGACCCCAGCUGCCCGCAGCUCCCUCCCAGAGACUCUCCCAGGUGCCUCAUGCUGGCCUUGUCACAAAGCGACCCAACUUUUGGCAAGAAGAGCUUUGAGCAGACCUUGACAGUGGAGCUCUGUGGCACAGCAGGACUCACCCCACCCACCACACCACCAUACAAGCCCACAGAGGAGGAUCCCUUCAAACCGGACAUCAAGCAUAGCCUAGGCAAAGAAAUAGCUCUCAGCCUCCCCUCCCCUGAGGGCCUCUCACUCAAGGCCACCCCAGGGGCUGCCCACAAGCUGCCAAAGAAGCACCCAGAGCGGAGUGAGCUCCUGUCCCACCUGCGACAUGCCACAGCCCAGCCAGCCUCCCAGGCUGGCCAGAAGCGUCCCUUCUCCUGUUCCUUUGGAGACCAUGACUACUGCCAGGUGCUCCGACCAGAAGGCAUCCUGCAAAGGAAGGUGUUGAGGUCCUGGGAGCCGUCUGGAGUUCACCUUGAGGACUGGCCCCAGCAGGGUGCCCCUCGGGCUGAGGCACAGGCCCCUGGCAGGGAGGAAGACAGAAGCUGUGAUGCUGGCACCCCACCCAAGGACAGCAUGCUGCUGAGAGACCAUGAGAUCCGCGCCAGCCUCACCAAACACUUUGGGCUGCUGGAGACCGCCCUGGAGGAGGAAGACCUGGCCUCCUGCAAGAGCCCUGAGUAUGACACUGUCUUUGAAGACAGCAGCAGCAGCAGCGGCGAGAGUAGCUUCCUCCCAGAGGAGGAGGAAGAAGAAGGGGAGGAGGAGGAGGAGGACAAUGAAGAAGAAGACUCAGGGGUCAGCCCCACUUGCUCUGACCACUGCCCCUACCAGAGCCCACCAAGCAAGGCCAACCGGCAGCUCUGUUCCCGCAGCCGCUCAAGCUCUGGCUCCUCACCCUGCCACUCCUGGUCACCAGCCACUCGAAGGAACUUCAGAUGUGAGAGCAGAGGGCCGUGUUCAGACAGAACGCCAAGCAUCCGGCACGCCAGGAAGCGGCGGGAAAAGGCCAUUGGUGAAGGCCGCGUGGUGUACAUUCAAAAUCUCUCCAGUGACAUGAGCUCCCGAGAGCUGAAGAGGCGCUUCGAAGUGUUUGGUGAGAUUGAGGAGUGCGAGGUGCUGACGAGAAGUAGGAGAGGCGAGAAGUACGGCUUCAUCACCUACCGGUGUUCUGAGCACGCGGCCCUCUCUCUGACGAAGGGCGCUGCCCUGAGGAAGCGCAACGAGCCCUCCUUCCAGCUGAGCUACGGAGGGCUCCGGCACUUCUGCUGGCCCAGAUACACUGACUACGAUUGGGAAGGCUGGGAAGUGGAGCAGAAGGAACCUGCCGAAGGGACUCGGAAACAUGGCAGCAGAGUCAGGACCAGCAACAUCAAUGCCUGUGUGUUCCUGAGUGACACUUAUUUUUCCUUGCUACUCUGCCACGUAACCACCACACGUGAUGUUCUUAGGAUAGGCCUCUGCUUAAAGACCACUGCUCUCAGAGUGUGCAUUGCAGCAGGGCAGAACAUCUCGUUUGGGAGUUUAAAGAUGCAAGUUCCAGACCCAGUUCCCUAUUGACAUCAUGACCUGCAAACAUGAGCAGGGCCCAUGCGUCAGGAGCCCAGACUGAUCUACUGUGGAGGCCACCAGGAUGUGGCUGCCCUGUACACUAUGUUCUCUGUGACCCUGGGCAUCUCCUGGAGGGAAGCCAGGGAACUGUGUCAGGAACUUGACCCAGCCCCAUCUUCUCACUGGCCUUCAAUUUCCUCAUGUGUCUAAAAAGAGAGAUUACAGUAGAUGAGUGGUUUACCGUUUGGGGAAACCAUGUGGCUCCCUCUCCUCAAAGCAACUGUUUUAAUAUAUUAGUUUCUGCAUAACAUUCAGUGUGGAAGGAAGAAAAGUUCUAGAGCUAAUGUCCAUUUAUUAGAAUGAGACAGAGGAAUGUGUUACAUGAGGCCACAAAGAAACAAACAGAUAAAUACAGGAUGUGGGAAAACUGACUCUAUUUCUGCAAGUUGGUGACAUUGGAAAAAAGGAAGGAGCACUUUGUCUAUUAAAAGAGACUUCAGAAACUUAACCAUAGCUAUGUGAGGUGAUGGAUAUAUUAAUUAGCUUAAUUAUGGCAAUCAUUUCACAAUGUAUAUCAAAACAUCAGUGUAUACCUUAAAUAUGUAUACUUUUUAUUUGCUAAUUAUACCUCCAUAAAGCUGGUGGUGGGGGGAAC